GCUGUGACUGAAAAGUCCCACGUCUUUAGGAGCUCUUAGGAUCUCCUCAGCACAGCAAUGUCUCCGGAGCUGCUGUCUGUCAGCAGGCGCGUUCUCAGACUUCUGAAUCCGUCCCUGCACAGCUGGAAACGAGGAUUCGGCACUGGAGCAGCUUCCUGCACUUCAGCGAGUUUAAAAGGUCGCAGUUUUCUCACACUGAAAGAUUUUAACUCGGAUGAGAUCAAGAGGCUGUUGUGGGUGUCAGGAGAUCUCAAGCGUAGAAUAAAGCAUGAAAAUCAGUAUCUGCCUCUUCUGCAAGGAAAGUCGAUUGCAAUGAUAUUUGAGAAGAGGAGCACCAGAACAAGAAUGUCCACAGAAACAGGUUUUGCUUUAUUGGGUGGACACCCUUGCUUUCUGACAUCACAGGACAUCCACCUGGGAGUGAAUGAGAGUUGCACCGACACAGCAAGGGUUCUGUCGGGCCUUUGUGAUAUCGUUUUGGCCCGAGUGUACAGCCACUCGACUCUGGAAGAGCUGGACAAGGAGGCUUCCAUCCCCAUCAUCAACGGUCUCUCUGAUCUGUAUCACCCAAUUCAGAUUCUAGCAGACUUCCUUACUUUACAGGAGCAUUAUGGAUCUCUCAGUGGACUAACGGUGAGCUGGAUCGGAGAUGGGAACAAUGUCCUCCACUCCUUCAUGAUGACUGCAGCCAAACUGGGUGUUCAUCUGAAAGUUGCUACACCAAAGGGCUACGAGGCUGACAGAAGUGUCCUGGACGAGGCACAGAGGCUGUCUCAACAGCAUGGGACCCAGCUGGUUCUGACCUCUGACCCCAUGGAGGCAGCCCAUGGCACCAAUGUGCUUGUUACUGACACUUGGGUCAGUAUGGGUCAGGAGGAGGAGAAGAAGAAGAGGCUCAAAGACUUCCAUGGAUACCAGAUUACAAUGCAGACAGGAAGUGUGGCCAGACCAGACUGGACCUUCCUGCACUGCCUCCCCCGGAAGAUGGAGGAGGUGGACGACGAGGUUUUCUACUCGCCCCGCUCACUCGUCUUCCCUGAAGCUGAAAAUCGUAAAUGGACCAUCAUGGGUCUGAUGGUGUCCCUUCUGACCGACUACACUCCACAGAGCCCCAUGCCGAAGUUUUAACUAAUAUUUUACACCAGAACCACUGAAAAUUACUUCAGCAUUACAUGAUUACCCAAAGUACCUGUGUUAACAUGAUGUAGCUGAUGUAUUGAAUCACAAGGGAAGAUUUUCAGUGCUGUUAUUUAUUUUAUUACAUGUAUAUGAAAGUGGUGAGUCUAGCAAUAAUAAAAUAAAAAUCU